CGUGCGCAUGCGUGGAGCGCAGCGCGCGCGGCGGUUGGGCCGUUGGCUGUUCGGCCCUGGGAUCCGCCGCGUCUCCGCGAGCAGUCGGCUCUGAGCCGCGAGCCGCAGUGAGCACUCGGAUUCCAGCGGGCGCCAACGAGCCCGGGGGCAUCGCCCGAAGCGGCCAAGCUCAUGGCCGGCUGAGCGGGACGCCGCCUCCGCCUCAGCCACCGCCGCCGCCGCCGCCUCCUCCUCCUCAGCCGGCGGCGGCCCGGGCCCAGCAGCCAUGGCCGAAGACUACUGGGACGGGCGCCUGCGGCGAACUGGAGGAGAAGGAGGUCGCGCGGCCUCAUCCUGGGCCGCCGCCCCAGGCGCCACCGCGCCGGCCCCGAGGCUCUGAGGUUGCUCGCGCGCCCCCGCCGGUCGCCAUGGAUCGGAUGAAGAAGAUCAAACGGCAGCUGUCAAUGACACUCCGAGGGGGCCGAGGCAUAGAUAAGACCAAUGGUGCCCCUGAGCAGAUAGGCCUGGAUGAGAGUGGUGGCGGUGGUGGCAGUGACCUUGGAGAGGCUCCAACACGUGCUGCCCCUGGGGAACCUCGCUCUGGACGGGGCCCACUUAGCUCUGCACCAGAGAUUGUGCACGAGGACUUGAAGAUGGGGUCAGAUGGGGAGAGUGACCAGGCUUCAGCCACAUCCUCGGAUGAGGUGCAGUCUCCAGUGAGAGUGCGCAUGCGCAACCAUCCCCCACGCAAGAUCUCCACUGAGGACAUCAACAAGCGCCUGUCGCUCCCAGCCGACAUCCGGCUGCCUGAGGGCUACCUUGAGAAGCUGACCCUCAAUAGCCCCAUCUUUGACAAGCCCCUCAGCCGCCGCCUCCGCCGUGUCAGCCUGUCUGAGAUCGGCUUUGGGAAACUGGAGACCUACAUCAAGUUGGACAAGCUGGGUGAGGGUACCUAUGCCACUGUCUACAAAGGCAAAAGCAAGCUCACAGACAACCUUGUGGCACUAAAGGAAAUCAGACUGGAACAUGAAGAAGGGGCACCCUGCACCGCCAUCCGGGAAGUGUCCCUGCUCAAGGACCUCAAGCACGCCAACAUCGUUACACUACAUGACAUUAUCCACACGGAGAAGUCCCUCACCCUUGUCUUUGAGUACCUGGACAAGGACCUGAAGCAGUAUCUGGAUGACUGUGGGAAUGUCAUCAACAUGCACAACGUGAAACUGUUCCUGUUCCAGCUGCUCCGUGGCCUGGCCUACUGCCACCGGCAGAAGGUGCUACACCGAGACCUCAAGCCCCAGAACCUGCUCAUCAACGAGAGGGGAGAACUCAAGCUGGCUGACUUUGGCCUGGCCCGUGCCAAGUCAAUCCCAACGAAGACAUACUCCAAUGAGGUGGUGACAUUGUGGUACCGGCCCCCUGACAUUCUUCUCGGGUCCACGGAUUACUCCACCCAGAUUGACAUGUGGGGUGUGGGCUGUAUCUUCUAUGAGAUGGCCACAGGCCGGCCCCUCUUCCCGGGCUCCACGGUGGAGGAACAGCUGCAUUUCAUCUUCCGCAUCUUGGGAACCCCAACUGAGGAGACAUGGCCAGGCAUCCUGUCUAAUGAGGAGUUCAAGACAUACAACUACCCCAAGUACCGGGCUGAGGCCCUUCUGAGCCACGCACCCCGACUUGAUAGCGAUGGGGCUGACCUCCUCACCAAGCUGCUGCAGUUUGAGGGUCGCAAUCGGAUCUCCGCAGAGGAUGCCAUGAAACAUCCAUUCUUUCUCAGCCUGGGGGAGCGGAUCCACAAACUUCCUGACACUACUUCCAUAUUUGCACUAAAGGAGAUCCAGCUACAAAAGGAGGCCAAUCUUCGGUCCUCAUCAAUGCCUGACUCAGUUGCGUUGGCAGUUAGAAGAGGACGGACGGCGAUGGCGGCGGUCGCAGCGGACCCGGCCGCAGCUGCCGUCGCGGAGGCCGCUGAAGACAGAGAAAUACAGAAUGAGGCGAUCCCUGGUCUGGACGACCAGUGGCGCCAAAUCGAGAAUGGCGAGAGUGGGCGAGAACGUCCACUGCGGGCCGGCGAAAGCUGGUUCCUUGUGGAGCAACGCUGGUAUAAACAGUGGGAGGUGUACGUGCAGGGAGGGGACCAGGAUGCCAGCACCUUUCCUGGCUGCAUCAACAAUGCUGAGCUCUUUGAAGAUCAGAUAAACUGGCGCCUCAAAGAGGGACUGGUGGAGGGUGAGGAUUAUGUGCUGCUCCCAGCAGCUGCCUGGCGUUGCCUGGUCAGCUGGUAUGGCAUAGAGCAUGGCCAGCCACCUAUUGAACGCAAGGUCAUAGAGCUGCCCAACAUCCAGAAGGUGGAAGUGUACCUAAUAGAGCUGCUGCUUGUCCAGCACAAUGAUAUGGACACAGCUCUCACUGCUCAGUUCAGCCACUCUGAUUCUGUGGACCUAGUAUUGCGCACAGCUCGGGAGCAGUUUCUGGUGGAACCCCAGGAAGACACACGCCUUUGGAUCAAGAACGCAGAAGGCUCUUUGGAUCGCUUGUGCAACACACACAUAACACUGCUUGAUGCUGCCAUUGAGACUGGGCAGUUGGUCAUCAUGGAGACCCGAAACAAAGAUGGCACUUGGCCCAGUGCACAGCUACGUGUUAUGAACAACGUGUCGGAAGAAGAUGAGGACUUCCAGGGCCAGCCUGGCAUCUGUGGCCUCACCAAUCUGGGCAACACGUGCUUCAUGAACUCGGCCCUGCAGUGUCUCAGCAAUGUGCCACAGCUCACGGAGUACUUCCUCAACAACCGCUACCUGGAGGAGCUCAACUUCCGCAACCCACUGGGCAUGAAGGGUGAGCUCGCAGAGGCCUAUGCAGACCUGGUAAAGCAGGCUUGGUCUGGCUACCAUCGUUCCAUCGUGCCCAAUGUGUUCAAGAACAAGGUUGGCCAUUUUGCAUCUCAGUUUCUGGGCUAUCAGCAACAUGACUCACAAGAGCUGCUGUCGUUUCUCCUGGAUGGGCUUCAUGAAGACCUCAAUCGGGUUAAGAAGAAGGAAUACGUGGAGUUGUGUGAUGCAGCUGGGCGGCCAGAUCAGGAGGUCGCUCAGGAGGCCUGGCAGAACCAUAAACGGCGGAAUGAUUCUGUGAUCGUGGACACUUUCCAUGGCCUCUUCAAGUCCACACUGGUGUGCCCUGAUUGUGGCAAUGUGUCUGUGACCUUUGACCCCUUCUGCUACCUCAGCGUCCCACUGCCUGUCUGCCAUAAGAGGGUCCUGGAGGUCUUCUUUGUUCCCAUGGAUCCCCGCCGCAAGCCAGAGCAGCAUCGGGUUGUGGUCCCCAAGAAAGGCAAUAUCUCGGAUCUGUGUGUGGCUCUGUCCAAACACACAGGUAUAGCACCAGACAAGAUGAUAGUGGCUGAUGUCUUCAGUCACCGCUUCUAUAAGCUCUACCAGUUGGAGGAUCCUUUGAGUGGCAUCUUGGACCGUGAUGAUAUCUUCGUAUAUGAGGUAUCAGGUCGGAUUGAGGCCAUUGAGGGCUCAAGAGAUGACAUUGUGGUUCCUGUCUACCUGCGGGAGCGCACUCCAGCCCGAGACUACAACAAUUCCUACUAUGGUCUGAUACUUUUCGGGCACCCUCUUCUGGUAUCAGUGCCCCGAGACCGGUUCUCCUGGGAGGGCCUGUAUAACAUCCUGAUGUACCGGCUUUCACGCUAUGUAACCAAACCCAGCUCAGAUGAAGAGGACGAUGGAGAUGACAAAGGUGAGGAUGAGGACAGUGAUGAAGAAGAGAAAGAGGAAAUGCCUGGGCCUUCCACUAGGGGCAGCCUUCGAGACUCUGAGCGAGAACAGGCUGGGCCCAGCUCUGGGGUCACCAGGAGGUGCCCAUUCCUCUUGGACAAUUGCCUUCGUACAUCUCAGUGGCCCCCAAGGCGGCGGCGUAAGCAACUGUUCACUCUGCAGACGGUGAACUCCAAUGGAACCAGUGACCGCACAACCUCCCCUGAAGAAGUGCAAACCCAGCCAUAUAUUGCCAUGGACUGGGAGCCAGAAAUGAAGAGGCGCUACUAUGAUGAGGUGGAGGCUGAGGGCUACGUGAAGCAUGACUGCGUGGGGUACAUGCUGAAGAAGGCUCCAGUGCAGCUGCAGGAGUGCAUUGAGCUUUUCACUACUGUGGAGACCCUGGAGAAAGAAAACCCCUGGUACUGCUCCUCCUGCAAGCAGCACCAGCUGGCCACCAAGAAACUGGACCUGUGGAUGCUGCCUGAGAUUCUCAUCAUCCACCUGAAGCGCUUUUCCUUUUCCAAGUUUUCCCGCGAGAAGCUGGACACCCUUGUGCAGUUUCCUAUCCGGGAUCUGGACUUCUCCGAGUUUGUCAUCAAACCGCAAAACGAGUCGGCUCCAGAGCUGUACAAAUAUGAUCUCAUUGCAGUUUCCAACCAUUAUGGGGGCAUGCGUGAUGGACACUAUACAACAUUUGCCUGCAACAAGGACAGUGGACAGUGGCACUACUUUGAUGACAACAGUGUGUCACCUGUGAAUGAGAAUCAGAUUGAGUCUAAGGCAGCCUAUGUCCUAUUCUACCAGCGACAGGAUGUGGCACGCCGCCAGUCCCAGCCUGGCUCACCUGGCCCUUCAACCUCCACCACUUGCAGUUCCCCACCCAACCCUGAGUUCAUGGAUGUUAACUGAGCAGCCCUGGAGCCCACCACAGGGAAGGAAGCCCUGUCUGCCACCCUACUUCUUGUGUCCACCCCCACUCUUACCCGUGUUCGGUGCCCCCGCCAGGCAUUGCAGGCUUAGAUGUGGCUACUGUUUUCCUGUGCUGCUGUAUUUUUCUUGCCCGGGAAGAAGAGGCCCUGUGCUCCCGGCAGUGUGCCCUGCCUGUGUGUGCCCAUAGAGCAGUGACCUUCCCUCCUAGUCUUAUUUAUGGUGUCCCCUCCCCUCUUUCCCCACCCUUCAGUGUUCUUAGUGGCUGAUGAUGGGGGUUCACCUGAACACAGAGUGUAUUUUCUUAUUGAGACCCUGUACCUUCUUCUGUGUGUGUCAAAUACAUAAAGCUCCAGUCUGUUCCUUA